AUGGCAGACUUCAAAUUCAGAGGAGACCACGCAGCCAACAAGGAGUUGGUCUGCUCGAUUUCCCGCCUGCUUAAUGCCCAUGGAAUCCCAAAUCUGCUCUGGGGCGAUCUGGUCUUCAAUCUCUACGGAGUACCUCUCAAAGUCUCAGACUUCAGUUUCGUCAUCCCCGACGACCUAAUCGAUGAAGCGCGUAAUGUCCUAGAAGCAGCCAAGUUCCCCGUCUGCCAUCUCGGCCAAGCAUGCCCCGUUAUCCAGCCCAACCGCCCCGCUCCACCCCCGUGUGUCCACUUCAACAUCAAGCAAAAAGGCGAUCCAAGAAAGUGGUUCAGAGUCGAACUCCACCGAAAAUCCGAUCUGCUCUGGGCGGCCCCCGACAUCCCGGCUGGCACGCCCGACGCCGACGAUCCGCACUACAUGCUUGCUAACGAUACCAGGCUGCCAGCGUCCUCGCCCCGAGAGCGUCUCGGCCGGAUGGACCGCACCGACUACGCUGUCAAAAUACCAACCCCGAACCAGUACGCGGAGGCACUGGCAAUGCUGUACUACCGCGAUGGGGUACCGGGACCGACCAUCCGUGGAGAGUACUGGUUGGAUCUGCAGAGCGAACUAGUCCAGACGGGGCUUGUGAAGCUGGAUGACCUCCCUGCGCGUAUUAAACGGCACUAUGAGCUGGUGGGUAAGGCGGACAUGAAGGAGGUGCACGAGUAUAGCGAGGAAGUGGCGGGGCAAAUGAGGGAGGAAUUCAAGCUUCCUGUUCGUCUGGUGCCGCUUGAUAAGGAUGCGUUUGUGCCGGCGGCGGCGGUGGAGGAGUUCCUUUGA